AAAUCUCUACAGCAAGAAAUAGCCAUAAUUGUAAAGAGAAAGAGAGGUACAUAAUUAACCAUCUUGAUAGUGAUAACUUGCACGUUAGAUUCAUGCAGGGGUAACGAAUUUAGCUUGCCUGUGUGAACAAUUGUGUUUGUUUUGAUCUCUGAAUAUGAGAGAUCUGUUUCGUGCCACUUGGAAUAUGCUUUUCAGCCAUUUGUUUCUUAUCCAUCUACCUGCAUAUAUAGGUUCCAGCCAUGUUAUUAGGCUGUCUUUCAUUGUUAUCUGCAAGUUAUUGAUCAUGGGGAAUUGUCUUAACUCCAAUGUUUCGUCCUCAAACAAGGAUGUAAGGAAUCCUUUGCCCAUUGACACUGUUUUCAAGCUUCCUUCUCCUUUGCCCACUUGGCCUGCAGGUGGUGAGUUUGGGAGUGGAGUGAUUGAUCUUGGAGGGCUGCAAGUGCGGCAAUUAUCGUCGUUCAAGAAGGUUUGGGAGGUGUACGCUGGUGGUCCGGGUAAUCUUGGUGCUACAUUCUUUGAACCUUCCUCGAUACCAGAUGGAUUCUCCAUGCUCGGCAGCUAUGCUCAGCCCAACAACCAACCGCUUUUUGGUUGGGUUUUGGUGGGAAAAACAGAUGCAGCUGAUCAAUCAGGUGACAUUCUAAAGCAGCCAACUGAUUAUAAUCUUGUUUGGGCUAAUAAUAGCACCCAAGACCCUGCCUACUUCUGGCUCCCAACUCCACCAGAUGGUUACAAACCUGUUGGCCACGUUAUCACCACCUCGCCCGACAAGCCGUCCCUCGACAAGAUCCGGUGCGUUCGAACCGACUUCACCGAUGAACCGGAGACGGAUAAUUUGAUUUGGGCAGGAGGGGCAGCAAAAAGUAGUGGCAAUGGGUUGAAUGUUUAUGGUUUAAGGCCUAAAAGCAGAGGGAUCAACGCUCAACCACUAAGUGUAGGUACAUUUAUUAUUCAAAACACAACUACUAGUGAUGGGAAAUCUGACCUAUCUUUGUCUUGUUUAAAGAACAAGAAUCCAAGCUUAUCCACCUCACCUAACCUAAGACAAGUUGAAGCAUUAUUCCAAACAUAUUCCCCAUAUAUUUACUUUCAUCCCAAGGAAAUUUACCUUCCCUCCUCAGUGAACUGGUAUUUUAGCAAUGGGGCAUUACUAUAUAAAAAAGGUGAAGAGUCGAGUCCCAUUCCUAUCGAUCCCAACGGCUCGAACCUCCCUCAGGGAGGUUCGAACGACGGCUCGUACUGGCUCGACCUCCCGGUUGACGAACAAGCCAAGGAAAAGGUGAAGAAAGGAGAUCUACAAAGUGCUGAGGCUUAUCUCCAUGUUAAGCCAAUUCUUGGUGCAACAUUCACUGAUAUUCAAGUGUGGUUGUUCUAUCCAUUCAAUGGCCAUGCAGUGCUAAAGCUGGGCGUGAUUGAUGAGAUCCCUUUGGGGAAGAUAGGCGAGCACGUCGGGGAUUGGGAGCACGUUACCUUGAGAAUCAGCAACUUUGAUGGGGUUCUUUACAAAGUCUACUUUGCGGAACACAGUGGAGGGAAAUGGGUGGAUUCUUGCUUGCUGGAGUUUCAGAAUGGUAAUAAGUUUGUUGGGUAUUCAUCGUUGAAUGGCCAUGCAACUUAUUACCAGGCGGGCCUUUUCUUGCAAGGGGCGUCUGAUAUUGGGAUUAGAAACGACACUGCCAAGAGUGACAAUGUGAUGGACACUGGUGCCAGGUACUCGGUGGUGGCGGGAGAUGGGCUGAGCACGGCGGAGCCGCCGUGGUUGAACUAUGACAGGGAAUGGGGUCCCAAGAAAACGUAUGAGUUCGGGGAUGAGGUGAAGAAGGUGGAGAAAUGGCUACCGGGGAACUUGAAAUCUGCGUUUGAGAGGUUGGUGAAAACGCUGCCUGCUGAAGUUUACGGGGAGGAAGGUCCCACGGGCCCUAAGAUGAAGAACAAUUGGGAUGGUGAUGAAAAAUGAGUGGAAAAUCAAGGUUCUUCAAUUUAAUUGCCAAUAGUUGAUCGCGUGAUUUAUUAAAUAUUGUCACAUUUCCAAGUGUUAAAUUAGAAAAAUUUGUUCAGAUUA